CGUAUAUGCUUUUGUAUAUUAUAAAUUAUUAGCUAUUAAAUUGCAAAUUGAUGUAGCGAUUAACGUUUAAGGCUCAGCUUUCGGACUGGUGUGUGGUGAGCUGUCGCCUACACUCAACUUAAUAUUAUUUUCUUUUCAGUUUGCAGCUAAGUACUGUAGGUGUAAAGCUGUUCAGGAUGUCCCGCGCUCAAGCAGAAGGUGUUAUUAAAAAAAUAAUUCGCGAAAUAGUGCAGGAGUGUGUAAGGAGGAGCCACAGCGUUUCAGACACACUGGUCGCCUUUAUGAUAAAAGCUGUUGUUUUAGACCCAAUAAAUCAGUUCAACGUGGAUCGACCUCUCACUAAGCAAGAUGUGCGUAGACUGACCCAGCUUUGCGUGGAUCGACUUGUGGACCAGAGGAGUCCUUCUGUGGACACCAUUAAGAUGCAGGUUUAUUUUGACAUGAAUUACACGUCGCAGCGUGAGUUGCGGGAAGAGCACGAACACCUUCUGCUGGCCAAACUGAGUCCGGUUGUUUGCGAGAUCACGGAAACGCGAGCCAAAACGCACCAAGCGCUGGAUGGCCUCUAUCGCAAGAUUGUCAGCUAUAUCCUCCUGCGUUCUGGAAUGGGCUCACCCACAAACCUCAGCACCGUGCGAGAGACCACUGCUGCCUUGCGGAGCGUGUUCCCCCAGUCCGAGCUGGGAACCUUCAUGUCGCUCAUGAAAAGGGACAAGGAGCAGCAGCUGGUGGAGCUCACCAGGAUUGUCACAGGGAUCCGGCUGUUCAACAAGAACACUGGAAAGGGAGGGGAAGACGUAGAUGACCUUCCUGAAAUUUUGAAUGAGGCCCUUCCCAUCUGCUCCAUGUACAUAGAAUCUGAACUUGGCACCUCUCGGAACUUGGCUUACCAGUACACAGCCAUACUGGAGAAUUUCCAGCGGGCUGGAGCAGGUGCCAGGGGCUACAUUUUUCCCCCUGACCUACUGAAACAGGCCCUGUAUAACGUUCGGCAGCAUGAGGCGUUCUUAAACAUCAUCUUGGCAGAUGUGAUUCUGUGCGCAAAGCGAGUGGAAACUCUGCAGGCGGAUCUGCAUUCGGAGAUGGAAGAGCUGAAAGCUACUGUGCAGUCGAGGGCUGCGGUCCCUACUGCCCAGGUUUUUCCCCGUUUCACAGCUCUGGCCAAGCUGUGGUCAGGAUUUCAGGAUGAGAUGAUCUUUCUGAGCGUUCUGAACAACAUGGUGACCAGCCUGAAGUCCUUUCUGGCUUCACAGUCACAGCUCUUGCCUGAGGAUCAGGUCAGCAUACUGCUGGAAGGCAUGGAGGUUAAGAGUGAUGAACAGAGGUUGAAGGAAUCUGCAGAAAACCACAUGGAUCCCUCUGAGUUUGAAAAUCAAGAAUGGCUCUUCCCAGAGACAACGGCUAACUUUGACAAACUUCCAUUUGAAUACAAGGGAAUGUGUGCUUACACACUUGUGAAGGAUGGUAGUCUUUUGCCAGGUAACCCAAGUAUCGGAAUCCUAAAGCACAGGAAUAAAUUCUAUAUCUUCAGUUCCAAGGAGGCAGCCUGUGAUUUUGCUGCUAACCCCGAUGAAAAUAUUGAGCAGCUGGCAGAAAUUGUUAGACGGUCUCCGGAGCUAAUUCAGCUACUGGACCUACAUCACCAGUUCGUGUGCAUCACUCCUUAUUCGGAAACGGAAUCAGAAGAGAGGCUGCUGGUGAAGCCCAUCACGAUGUGUGACAGUUGUACACAGACAGACACUCACCCAGUGGAAUCGAAUAUUGUCAAGUCGUAUGAGUGGAAUGAAUGGGAGCUGAGAAGAAAAGCAAUCAAACUGGCCAAUCUUCGCCGCAAAGUCACGCACUCCAUGCAAACCAACCUGAGCCACAUGCGGCGCGACAAUGUCUCCCAGGUGUAUCUUCCGAGAGACACCGCGUGUCAAACAAAGAAGGAGGGCACGAGCAAUGUCCCGCAACCACAAGUGUACCUAGCUGGGCUCCGUGGCGGAGAGACCAAAACCACACACUUCAUCAAAACUAACUUAACAAGACCAGCUGAUGAAUGAAAAAAAAUACGCAAAAGCUAAUUUGUUCCAUAUUUUACGACAAGAGUACUGAAACAAAUUUUUC